GAAGGACCGGUUACAGAAACAUCCUUACUAUUCAGAAACAGCAAAAGUUUUUGGCAAGGUGACAUGAAGUAUUCCCCAUUCUGCUAUGAAUCUGUACGUAAAUGCCGGGUACCUAUGGAGUAUCAUAAAUUCUUCGCACAAACUCGUCUCGGGGAGAGAAUGGUGAGCAUGAGUUCGACGCUGGUGGAGACGGUCUCCAUCAACUACGAGGACUUCAACGAGAGCUUCCUGACGUGCGGCACCUGCCUGUGCGUGUACGACGGCAGCGAGCACACGCCCAAGCUGCUGCCGUGCUCGCACACGGUGUGUCUGCACUGCCUGACCCGCAUCGCGGCCUCGCAGACGCGCGACAACAAUUCGUUCCGCUGCCCCAUCUGCCGGGAGCUGAUCGGUAUCCCACGCGGCGGGGUGAGCGCUCUGCCCCCCUCCUUCCUGGUGAACCAGCUGCUGGACCUCAUGUCCCGGCAGCGGCGCGAGGUGGUGCCCAAGUGCUCCGUGCACCUGGCGCAGGAGCUGCUGUUCUGCGAGACCUGCGACACGGUGUUCUGCACACUGUGCACGGGCAGCCACCGCGCCUCCGCCGCCAGCGAGCACACCAUCAUCCCCUUCUCCAUCGCCAUCAAGCGCAUGUCCGAGAUCCUGCUGUACAAGGCCAACGAGUGCAUCUCCAAGCUGACGCAGGCGCAGGACGCGGUGGGCCAGGAGCUGCGUCGCCUCGACCUGGCGACCGAGCAGUGCCUGGAGCUGGUGAACCACACCUUCCACGACCUGGCGACCGCCGUGGAGGCGCGCCGGCUGGCCCUGGUGGCGGCCGUGGGCCAGGCGCGCGACGACAAGCGCCGGGUGCUGGAGGAGCAGCUCGCGCUCAUCGAGGGCGAGAAGAGCAAGGUGGAGCAGGAGUGCGAGGGCCUGCAGUACCAGGUGGAGGUGAGGAACAUCACGCAGCGCAUCGCCAGCCUGGGCGAGAAGCUGGACGCGGCCGGCACGCUGGGGGAGCCGCGCGAGAACGCCUUCCUCACCUGCGACCUGGCGCGGGACGACAGCCGCGCGCAGCUGGAGCAGGCGCUGGCGCGGCUGGGCCGAGUGCGCACCAGCACCACGCUGCCCGGCCUGUGCACGCUGAGCGCGCAGGGCCGCGCCGUGGUGCGCCUGGAGAUGGAGCUGCUGCUCGGCACGGUGGACUACCACGGCCACCCGCGCACCUCGGGGGGCGACCCCGUGGCGGCCGAGGUGACGGGCCCCGGGGGCCGCUGCCUGCCGGCGCAGGUGGAGGACCUAGAGGACGGCCGCUACGCCGUGAGGUUCCGGCCGACCUCGCCCGGCCGGCACGCGGUCGCCGUGCGCGUGCUGGACCGGCCCAUCAGGGACAGCCCGCUGUUCCUGGACGUGACGGAGCACAACGACGCGCUGGCCGUGUUCGGGCGGCGCGGCGCGGGCACGGACGAGCUCCUGCAGCCCGUGGCCGUGGCGGUGGACGACGAGGGCCUGGUGUACGUGGUGGACACGGGCAACUCGCGCAUCGCCGUGCUCACCGGCGAGCUGCAGUUCCUGCGCCACGUGCUGAACGAGGGGCUGGCGGGCCGCAGCUGCACGGGCAUCGCCGUGUCCGGCGCGGGCCUGGUGGUGGUCAACUGGCGCACCAGGACCGUCACGGAGAUGAGCACGCGCGGGGACACGCUCUCCCGGUUCACGCACCACGCCUUCCAGGAGCCCAUCGACGUGGCGGUGGACCGCAGCUACGGGCACGUGCUGGUGGCCGACAACGGGGCCAGCUGCGUGUUCGUGUUCGACGCGGCCGGCAAGCUGCUGUUCCAGGUGGGCCGGAAGGGCAGUCACAGGGGCUGCUUCAGCCUCAUCUCGGCCGUGACGGUGGGCCCCAGCGGGGAGAUCGUGGUUGCAGACUCUCGCAUACAGGUGUUCUCCGCCAAGGGCGACUUCCUGCAGGAGUUCUUCGCGGAAGGCAAAGGCAAGGGGCGGUACGGGGGCGUGGCCGUGGACGACAGCGACCUCAUCGUGGCGUCGCGCUCCGAGAAGAACCGCAACUACGUGCAGGUGCUGAGGUUCAGCGACGGCGCGGUCGUGUCGACCAUCGACUCGCACGGCUCCAAGCUGAAGCGACCGAGCGGGACGGCCGUGACCGCCGCCCACUCGGUCAUAGUGGUCGACCUGGGCAACAACUGCCUGAAGAAGUACAGGUACUGGUAGUGGCGUCCGCCGGCGAGCAUCGCAUCACGGAGCUCGGUCACGCAUCGUGUAAAUACCAAAAAAAAUUCAUAGCUGCCUUUCAUUAGGCUUGCUCCAACAAAGUGAGAUAUUUUUAUUGUUAUAUAAGAUUCAAUUGAUAAGAAAGUAGUUAGGUAUUUUUAAGUUUAGCAAGUGUUGCUUAUUGUAUUUGAAAUAGCCCAAGCUACCUUGCAAACGGUGUGUAUCGGUAGAUAUCAUUAGUGGCCUCAGACUUGUGUUUGCGGUUGGAAAGUGAAAGGCAUGUGUAAACAUGAUCUGUUAGUGUUCAAGUGGUUUUCGAAAGUGAAAUUUAGGCGUUACUAUCAGUAGGCAAAUUAACUUAAACUUUGUAAGUAGUAUUAGUUGUAAUUUUUUUCCCUUAUGUUUUAUAAGCUUGAAGUCCGUUUCUUUGUGCAUCUAAUCAAAAUAUUUAUUUUCCAGCAUUAAUAUAAAAGUCUUAUAAUGCCAUCAGUGGUAGUGCUUGUCAUGGGUUGUGUGGAUUUGCGUUGUUCUAUGUUUCUCUGGUAUUUGCUACUGUGUGAGUGUUGCGAUCCUGCCUGACUUGCAACUCAAACAUAAAUCUUCAUUCUUCUCCAAACCGCAGUUGCAGAAGGAAUGUCCGCGCAGUGCAUAGUCACAUUGCCACCUGCCGCCUCUGCGAGUUGUGUUGGGGAGGGGGGGGGGGGGAGGGAGUAGUACACGAUGAGUGAAUUUGUUUGAUUUCAUGAACCAUUUCCUUGUUCUCUUCGGCACAAAGCGACAGUUUAUAAGGUGACAGUUUCAAGGCUUUAUUUUAUGCCAGAAAUUUUUAGGGCUUAAAAAACAAAAUUAAACCUUAAUUAGUAAUUUGCAACUUAAUCAUGUAUAUCGCACAUGUUGUUGCAAAGGUAGAGUUGAUGUGGAGGGUGAUGACUAGACUGGAGACUGGGGAUUAUUCUGCUGUUUUACCAGGAACGGUACUUCCUAAACAGGUGCUUGGUCAGAGCUCACCAGAAUCACUAUGCAAAAGCUUCCACCACUUGCAGGUUUCCGUGUCGCACAGCGGACUGGCCCCAGAGCGCCCUGACACCAACAAACACUCCCAGAGGGGAGCAAACUUGCAUGGCAAAAAUAAAGGUGGACUUUUUUUUAACUGGAUUAAUGUAUUUUCAUUACAAUGAGUACGUUAAAUAAAAUUAAAUACGGUGCAAGUGCACAUACAUACCUGUGUUGUAAUUAAUAAAAAUAAUUAAAUGUGUAAGUGGUCCUGUGUUAUAAAUGUAAUUCUGAAUGUGUUCUGUAGGACAAGUAUUUAUGACAAGUAAUUUAAUUGUUCUCUUUACAAACUUAAUUAUUUUCCUCUCAAAAAAUUUAUUUACAUUACUAAAACCUUUGGCAAAAAUUUGACAUUAUUAUUAAAACGGGAACUGUGUAUGAUUUCUAUCCGAGUUUGUUGAGUGACAUAAUAGCAUUACUAAUAGUAAUAACUAAUGUGGCUAUUAACACACUUUUUUAUUAUUCAUAUUAUCUAAAUAUAUAUACAGCCCAAUGUGUAAGUCACUGACUGACUUAUCAAUACAAAAUUAUAACCCACUUCCAGACAAAUUAGAACUCAAAAUUUUCACAUGAGGUAGAUCGGAACCUGUAACCAAAAGGAAAAAUAUUAAACCCAAAAUAAAAUUAAAAACUAUCAUAUUCUAUAAAGCCAGGCCAUCGUAGUAUUGUUAUAGAAGAAUCGUUAUGGCAACACUAUUGUUAGAGAUUAUAUAAAAUUGUUUAAAAUAUAUAACCACAAAUAAACAAAUAAUUGCUAUAAACUUUUUUUUGUGACUAAAUGCAAUACAUAGUAUCUUAUUGGCGACAAAACGCUACAUAUAUUACUGAUGACAACACUAUUAUAUCACUAACCAACAGAUUUUUACUAUGUCCUUUUGUCUGCUUGUUCUCACGAUGGGAAUGUUUAUUUAUGUAUUUUUACAUAGCCAUGGACUACAAUAAGUGAACACACAAAAAAUGUGAGCGUUGUAUUAUUUGCUGCGGAAAUGUAUUGAAAACCAUGGCAUCCUCUACUAUUCAAGCUGAAAGUUUUGUGAGUUUUUCUAGAUGUUUACUUUAUUACUGAAAGAGUUUGUGGAUUUAGGUUAAAGUUAAUUUUACAAGCUAGAAAUAAAAAUGUUUAAGUUUGGCACACUAAAAUAUUAAACAAUUUGCAUCUCACUGCAUGUUUCACGUAAAUGUAUAACUCUACAUGAUUUUUAAAGCAGUGUUCAAAAAAAUACCACCUUAAUGUUUUACUUUUUGGUUGUUAAAAAUCUGACGAAACCUGGCUCUCUGACCCCUGUCGUGACGAGAGCGCCGGCCAGCCUAGAACUCGGGGAGUGAACGGGUUCUCACCUCGUGGCCUACAACAGGGGGCAGGACAACAGCGGCCGCUCGAGACGCCACUUAGUUCGGUAUAUGUGUAAAAAAUUUUGACAGUUGUUAAGUUUAUGUUUGUGGGCUAAUCAAAGAAUUAUAACUGUAAAACAUACCAUUUUCAGAUUUUUCCCAUGCAAUAGUCUCUACUCCAGGAAAUUACGAUUACAUGCAAUAGUUUCAUUUAGACUUGAAAAUGGUGAUUCCACGCAUGUUAGUUAGCUUUGCAAGGUUCGACAGUGUGGGCUCUGUGGGGCGGGCUGUGAUCAGCUGAUCACGCUCGGAACACGAGUGGAUACGAGCCGACGCGACUGAGUAGACUGAGGCCGUGCUGGAGAGCACUUACAUUAUUAAAAUACUGGCCAUCUUUCCAGUUGCGUUACGUUUUUGGCUCUUUUUGUGUUUCUCCACAUUUAAACAUUUCCAAUUUUUCUCUCAUUUGAAACUUGUGCUGAAAGAGUUCUCACUUGCAUCACUUGUGAGGCUAUAGUUACAUUUCAUUUACCCGUCAAGAAGUAUGAAUCCAAUCUUAAAACAAUAUCCAUGGCUUCAAGAACUGCAAUUACUUUUUGAAUUUGAUUUGAGAUGAUCGACAAGUUGCUUACAAUACCAUCUUGCCCAGGUUGUGAGACGUCACUAAACAAACUAAAUUAUUCAAUUGGUUUAAGUGGUAAUGGAAUUAAUUUUAUUUAUUUAUUUAAAAUUGUAACAUGCCCACCGACAGUCUUUAGAGUUUUAGACUUUGUGGCGGGCACGACACAUAUGGACAAAUUUAAGGUUGUCCCUGCAAAUGUAUGGACUCCCACCGUAGCAGGGAAAACAUCCGCAUGUGGCCAACACAUGAGGACAAGAGUACCACAUAUACCAGUGACAACAACAAAUACAAACAAACUCAGAUUCAAUAAUUAAGGACAAACACAAUAAAAAUAAAAUAAAUACAAAAUAAUACAGACAACUGUAAGCAUCAUGUACACUUGAAGCUUAUUUUACUAACAACUUGGAGAUAAUUUUUCUUUCCAACACAUUACUUGAAGUUAGUAACCUGCCCCAUAAUUGUGCAUCGGGGAAUUUCUUGUACAGUUAUUUAUAAUGUGCUGUGCCUUUUUGCUCGCAGUUCCUACACGCCUGGUUUCACUGCUUUAAAUUAACAAAUAUUUUUGUGAUCUUCAUCGUUUAUAAAUUUUACUCCCUUUCCAUCCAGAAUGCUAAAUGCAGGUUGCUGUAUGAUUAAUAUGCAUCUGUUAACUGGGGGUAUGAAGUUUUCGUGGCUCUAGCAACCAUGUUCUGGAUUUGUUUUCAUCUAGAACAUCUUCAAAAUUUGCAUAAAAUUCACUUUGUCAGUUAGUGUUGAUAUAUACACGUCAUGUGUUGUACGUACACUUGGUUUUAAACUGAGUUACUGCAAUGCCAUGGUUCUCUUGCACAGAGACCAGUGUUCAGUUGCCUUUGUGAGGAGCACUUACCAGGCCACGUGCGAGUGUGAUCCUGCACACCUCUCUGGUUUCUGGUUUGUGAUUGGUUGAGCCCAGCAGUGCAGUCAGGUGUCUCUUCUCAUUGGUGUGUUUCAAGCUGAGCCUGCUACCAGAUCACGUCACAUGUUUUGGCCGUCUCUUUUCGUUGCUUUUGGGACAUCGUGUUUGUUUGUGUCCCUUUCAUUUAAUUACAUUUUAUGUUCAGCCAUAUUUAUUGUUCUUCCAUUCAGAGUUUGCGGUAGCAUGCUGUUUAGUAUUUUUGUACUUAAUUAAUAUGUAUUCAUUUUAGAGAUAUGAUUCAUUAACAUGUCUGGUGUUACCUUUAUUAAAACUGUUUUAUUUUUUAUUUUACUGUGUGUUUUAACUUUUUUUUAACAAGAUAAUAAAUAACUUUUUUGUUGUGUUUAGCAGUGCUAACACCAUAGUUCUCUAAAUAAUAUGUAGCCGUAUGACAUAAUGACUGUAACUAAAUUUCUAAUGAAUAUUGCAUGAUUUUAAGAGUGUAUUGUUUGAAUUACACAGCUUUGAUAUUUAGUUCCUAUAGCUUUUAUUAUUUUAUGUGAUACUAUACUGUAUAGUUUGGUUGUAUGUUCGAACUAACUUCUUACAAGUGUCCUCUUGACUGAUAAGCUCCAUGCCAGAAACAGUACGUACAGUGUAUUUGCCAUUAUGUGUUAUUUUGCUAGUAAAUAAGUUGUAAUGACUAGAUGUGAUAAAUUUUUCUUGUAGAUAUACCUACAUAACUUAGUUUCACAGGCCUGUUUAUUAUUUUCAGAAGCAUGUUUGUAAUAAUUAUAAACAUAGGCAAGGGUUAUGGUCAUGCCAGUCGAGCGGCCGACUUUCGCCAGCUCUGCACUUCCUUCAUCUGCUGUGACGGGCUUAAAGCAUUAUAGCCUUGGUCCUUUGCUUUUACUUCUAUUCCCAAGUCAAUAAGUUCUGGUUGCUUUAAGACCCGAACCUGUAGCAAGUGUCUAUGUUUUAUCACACAUUGCAUUUAUUAUGUAAGCAUGAUCCAGAGGCCUCAUUUUAUAAGUACAAAUAAUACCCACAUAUUAGUUACUAGUAAUACUUAUUCGAAACAAAAUAUGCAAAAAAUGAUACAUUCAUUGCAGGAAAAAUAAUCCUGAGAACUUUUUUAUACAUAUCAUUGUGUUGUUUCCUGUGCAGAAUAUCUGCUGGAAAUACAUGUCAUUUCGGAGCAGUUUUUUUUCUUUUGUACAAAUAAUUCACUUGCCGCUGCAACCUCUUGAUGUGCGUCGGUGAUUGUAGUACAGAGCCUGUCCACUACUUCAGCUUGAGUAGACAACUGUCAUAACUAACUUGCCAACAUGUUUCAUCCCUCAAGCUUUUUUAUUAUUAUUGUCAUUAUGAGUGGUUUUUGCCUUGAUGUACAACAGCCGUCAUUUACGAAACGUACUAAAUCAUGUGUGUUUUAUUUCUUUUGCUAAUAUUAUUUUAUGUUUGUUUGUAUUUGAUAAAGUGAGUGAAAAAUUGUGAAUGUGCUGUGACUAGGCCUUAACAUUCUUUUAUUUAAAUUUUUUGUAUGCUCUGUAAAAUGUAGAUGUUUUAUAAAAUUGUGUGUUUAAUAAAUGAAAAAAAAAUAAA